AAAGUUGAGGAUAAACCAUACCUAAACCUGCUUUUUGACAUGGUAUCAGAACAGAUCCAUUGCUGUGGUUUUGAUUUAUAGAGGAAUCAUGGUUCGACUGACCGUGGAUCUAAUUGCCAAAAACAGCAGUUUUAAGCCCCGGAGAGAAGAAGUUAUUUCACAGUACCUGAAGAAGAUAACUCACAUAAAUUUUUCAGAUAAAAAUAUAGAUGCAAUUGAAAAUCUCUCUCCUUGCAAAAAUCUUAGUGUUUUAUAUUUAUAUGAUAACCGUAUUAGUCAAAUCACUAACUUGAAUUUUGCCACAAAUCUGACUCACCUGUAUCUACAAAACAAUUGUAUAUCAUGUAUAGAGAACCUCAGAUCAUUAAAGAAACUGGAAAAACUGUAUCUGGGUGGCAAUUACAUUGCUGUCAUAGAAGGUUUAGAAGGAUUGGAAGAACUAAGAGAGCUUCAUGUUGAGAGUCAGAGGCUCCCACUAGGAGAAAAACUUCUGUUUGAUCCAAGAACUCUUCAUUCUCUGGCAAAAUCCCUCUCUAUAUUGAAUAUCAGCAACAAUAAUAUUGAUGACAUAAGAGACUUAGAAAUGCUGGAGAAUCUUAAUCAGCUCAUAGCAGUUGACAACCAACUUCUGCAUGUGAAGGAUUUGGAGUUUUUACUGAGCAAGUUGAUGAAGUUGUGGAAAAUGGAUCUAAAUGGAAAUCCUGUUUGUCUCAAACCAAAAUACAGGGACAGACUGAUUUUGGUGUCCAAAUCACUAGGUACACAUUUAUAUUAUAUCGUUUUCUUAGAGAAAGCAACCUGAUUGACUUUUUGAUUAAUUUAUCAGCUAGCCUCCAGAAGUGUAAAUAUGACAUCUGCCUCUAUAAAAAUGUUCAACUUUAAAUUGGAUAUUUUGAAUAAGAGCAAAAGUUAAAAUUGAGAAAUAAAGCAUGAACAAAUGUCCACUUUUCAGAAAUAGUUAAAGCACCAGAUAGUCAUUCUUUGAAAAGAAAAGGUGGCUGUUACCACUAAACAUCGCUAG